AUGAAGAAGCAAGUUGGUUCAAAAGCUUUGGUUCUAAUUUGCUCACUUUUCCUAUUUGUAAGCAUUGAAGCUCAGAGUUGCAGGCCUAGUGGCAAGAUAAGAGGGAAAAAGCCCCCACCAGGGCAAUGUAACCAAGAGAAUGACUCUGAUUGUUGUAAAGAAGGCAAGUUCUACACAACAUAUAAAUGUUCCCCCCCUGUUUCAAGCCGUACAAAGGCAACAUUAACAAUUAACAGCUUUGAAGCCGGAGGCGAUGGAGGUGGUCCAUCAGAAUGUGACAACCAGUACCACUCUGAUGAUGAGCCUGUGGUUGCACUUUCAACAGGAUGGUUCGACAAUGAAAAAAGGUGUCUCAAGUAUAUCAAUAUCGAUGGCAAUGGAAAGAGUGUUAAAGCCAAGGUUGUGGAUGAAUGUGACUCUACAAUGGGAUGUGAUUCUGACCAUGAUUACCAGCCUCCUUGUGAUAAUAACAUUGUGGAUGCCUCAAAAGCAGUUUGGAAAGCCUUGGGAGUGCCUGAAAGUCAGAGGGGUGGAAUGGAUAUAUACUGGUCUGAUGCUGAUGAUUGAUUUCCGAGUUGCAACAUAUUU